ACCACCCAUCCACACAUCCUUCAAGGCACCUAUAUAAAAGACGAAGCGCCGUUGAGAAUGGCCCGAAGCUCUCUCAAUCACUACUAUCCACCCAAACCCUAGCUCUAACCCUACCCAAGAUGAAUAGGGAGAAGCUUAUGAAGAUGGCUGGUGCAGUUCGCACCGGUGGAAAGGGUAGCAUGAGAAGAAAGAAGAAGGCUGUUCACAAAACAACCACAACUGAUGACAAAAGGCUUCAAAGCACCCUAAAGAGAAUAGGAGUCAAUGCCAUACCUGCUAUUGAGGAGGUCAACAUCUUUAAAGAUGAUGUGGUUAUUCAGUUUUUAAACCCCAAAGUUCAAGCCUCUAUAGCUGCAAACACUUGGGUUGUUAGUGGAUCUCCUCAAACAAAGAAAUUGCAGGACAUUCUUCCUGGAAUUAUUAACCAGUUGGGACCAGAUAACUUGGACAACCUGAGGAAGCUGGCUGAGCAGUUCCAGAAGCAGGCACCUGGUGCAGGGGCUGGUGCAGCAGCAGCCCAAGACGAUGAUGAUGAUGAGGUCCCCGAUCUUGUUGCUGGGCAGACCUUUGAAGCCGCAGCAGAAGAGGGUCACACUGCUUGAGAGAGUUUUUAGAGGGUUUUGUGCCAUUACUUAUAUUUCCAAUUGAGAGUUUUAUCCCUUAUUUCGUUUAACCAAGUGUUUCAUUUUAUGCUCUCCUUGUGACACCAUACUAGACAGUUGUAUGCUCCUGCCUGAAGACUUUACUAUUUUCCAAAUGCCUGAUUUGGUGUUGUCUAGUUACCUUAAAAGCAUUUUCUCAGACCA